UCUUCUUUGUGAAUAAUGAUGUUGGAUUCCAGAAGCUGAAGGCUAGAGGAGUCGGGCAGGGGAACGUCAGCCACCCAAGGACCUCAAAAUGAGUGACAACAACACAGCCUUGGCUCCUCCAGCUUCCAGCCAGGGGCCCACCACGCCACGCAAAGGCCCUCCCAAGUUCAAGCAGAGGCAGACUCGCCAGUUCAAGAGCAAACCUCCUAAGAAAGGUGUAAAAGGGUUUGGAGAUGACAUUCCAGGCAUGGAGGGUCUGGGAACAGACAUCACGGUGAUUUGUCCCUGGGAGGCAUUCAGCCACCUGGAGUUGCAUGAGCUCGCUCAGUUCGGGAUUAUCUGAGCCACAACAGGUUCCACUGCUUAACUGCGUCUGCUGUAGCUUCGACUACUUUUGUCCUAUUGAUCCUGGAAUUCAGUAUUGGGAAGAUUGGGUAGAAGUUUCUUGGGCUCACAUGAUCAUUUCCCAUAUGUGACUUCUCUAUGGUUUGCAGUUUAGGACAGCUCGGAAUAGUCCAUCAAAAUCUGCUUUUAUUAGGGCACCUAAGACGUAACAUUUUCCCCUAUCAGUUGUUUAGAACUCAUCAGUGUUUUCUCUGUGUGUGUGUAUGUGUGUGUGUGUGUGUGAAUCCUUUAAACCUUUUUGCUAAACAUUCGUAAGAAUUCAUGGGAAACAUUCGAGAUAAUAUUCUUGUCACUCCCUUCCCCUUCUUAAUUGAUAAAGGAGAGAUGUCUGCUUCUAAUCUUACAGUGCAGUUGUAUUAAAUGCCAGAUGCAAAUAUGUGAUGGUUAGAGACCAGUAAGAUAAGGAAGUCAGAGCCAUAUAGAAAUUUGUGUUCUAAUUUUGAUUUGUAAAGUUGUAGAUCAUACACUUUCUAAGUUUUGUUGAGCUAGGUUAUCCUGAAGCAUCUUCCAGCUUUACAUUGUACAGUUCUUAGCGGGUAGAUUUAGAUUGAACCUUAAAACGUUAACAAUGUGAGCCUUCUUUUCAGAUCCUUUUCAGACUCAGGGAGUUUCCCUUUCAAUGAAAUUAUUCUACUCCUGGAUUAAGCUGAGAGUCACCGGUUAUUUGUACAUUGACUGGAUUUAUGAAAAUUCCCCCCUCCCCCCCAAUCACUUUUAAGCUACAAAUUGAAAGGACUCUCGUGCGAUAAGAUUGAGACUAAUGUGAGUUGCAACUUCUCAAUAAAAUGAUGCUUUGCUUCUCUGAAGUUGUGUCAAAUGUAACGUGCACACAGCUGUUUUCAAUUCAUGUACUUCCUCUA